AUGCUGACAGUCCCUCCAUUGAUUCCGAGACUGCUUCUGGCCCUAACGCCUCUCGCCACAAUCGCGGCAGCCUUCUUCUACUUCUCACAGACGAACGUUCUCCAACCAACGCCCUACAUUGACGAGAUUUUUCACAUCCCCCAGACUCAGCAAUACUGUAAAGGUCAUUGGAACGCAUGGGAUAGCAAAAUCACCACUCCACCGGGCCUGUACAUCAUUGGUUAUGCAUGGGCUCGCAUGCUGACCCUCACGGGUCUUUCUGAGUCUGAGGCCUGCUCCACUCUGUCUCUCAGAGCAGUCAACCUCAUGGCAGUGGUGAUCUACAUUCCUGCCACCCUAUACAUUAUCCAGCGGCGGGUCUGGGGCUCCCAGGCCCAUUUCAGCGCCUUUUCUCUCGUGUCUUUCCCCCUCAUUUGGUUUUACGCUGCCCUGUACUACACAGACGUGUGGAGUACGGCUACUGUGCUGAUGGCUCUGGCAUUUGCACUAAGCCCUCGAGUUCCCUUCUACAUGGUGCAACUGUCAGCUCUCAUGUGUGCCGUUUCCCUUUUCUUCCGACAAACUAACAUCCUGUGGGCAGCUGUGGUAGCUGUGAUUGCCAUUGAGAACAGCCACUACUCUAACGGCGCGCCUCCCAAGAACGGAGCUCUAGCCCAGAUAUUCUCUACUAUCUCCUAUACGUUCCAAAUUGAGCUGCCAAUUUUCAAUAUUCUCAUUUCCUAUGCCUCUGUUGCAGUUGGAUUCUCAUUUUUCCUCUACAUCAAUGGAGGUAUUGCCCUUGGAGACAAAGACAACCAUGUGGCCGGAAACCACAUCCCCCAGGUAUUUUACUGCGCUCUGUUCAUCACCACGCUGGGAUUCCCUGUGUGGUUCACCUGGGCCCACCUCAAGGCCUACAUCAGCUCGUCCUUUUCUGUUCUGGGUCUCACUGUUCGACCCCUGUUUAUCUUUGUCCUCAUUCCCCGUCUGUUGAAGUCCUACGCUAUCGAACACCCUUUCUUGCUCGCAGAUAACAGACACUACGUUUUUUAUCUAUGGAGGCGACUUCUCAAGCCUGCCAUCUACUCCAUUAGUGUGGAGGAUGUCAUGCAAUCCCAGGAUGCCAUUGACCCCAAGACUCUGGACGUGAUAUCCAUCGGUCUCAAGUAUGCUCUUUCUGCAGCCAUCUACUUCUCCCUGUGGAACAUCUGGACUACUCUGACGAACUCCAUUCCUGCAGCUAUUCUUGUCCGGGGACGAGGUUUCAACCGACGAAACGGUAAGAGCAUCUCUCCUGCUAUUGAUCUGCAGUGUCUCACUUGGCCUAUUCUGUUAGCCAUGGUCUUUGCUACUCUGGCAUCUCUCAUCCCCUCCCCUCUCAUUGAGCCUCGGUACUACAUUCUUCCCUAUCUGUUCUGGCGUAUCUAUAUGACCCCCACUACUGCAGGCAAGCGGGUCAACACCGACGCUCGGUUCCUUCGUGAGUGGAUCUGGUACAUGCUUAUCAAUGCUGCCACCGUGUACAUGUUCCUUUAUAAGCCCUUUGAGUGGGCCCAUGAGCCUGGCGUCCUACAGCGGUUCAUGUGGUAG